AUGGCAUGGAGAGGAAAUCUUUCAAAGAACAUAAAAGAGCUUCGACUUUUGAUGUGCCAGUCAUCACCUGCAAGCGCAUCUGCAAGGGAAUUUGUUGAAAAGAAUUAUAAGGAACUAAAGACAUUGAACCCAAAGUUGCCCAUAUUGAUUCGUGAAUGCAGUGGAGUCGAACCCCAAUUAUGGGCAAGAUAUGAUCUUGGUGUUGAGAAAGGCAUUAAACUGCAAGGCAUGACGGAGCCACAGAUUUUGAAAGCACUUGAAGAUCUGGUAAAGGCAGGGCAAUCUGUGAAAGCUUGA